AUGAACGAGCAAGAUCUGAACGUCAUCUUGGUGCCUAUGGGCCUGCUCAUCCUUGCCGCCUAUCACGUUUGGCUCCUCCACCGCCUGAUCAAGCACCCUACGACGACGGUCAUUGGGAUCAACGCCAUCAACCGCCGGAUUUGGGUCCAUGCCAUGAUGGAGGUGAGCGAGGGGACAUGGAUCUCGCCGGUCCUUCCUCUGCGCAAUCCACUGUUCCAUGAUCCUUCCUCCCUUGCAGGAUCCGGCGAAGACCGGAGUGUUGGCGGUGCAAAGCCUGCGGAACAACAUAAUGGCGUCAACUCUGAUGGCCUCCACCGCCAUCAUGCUCUGCUCGCUGGUGGCGGUCCUGGUGACCAACGGCGGCGGUCUGCCAGGCGUUGCUGGGAACGGCCAGGAGAGGAUCAACGGCGGUGACAACACGCAGCUAGGGCUGACCGUGAAGAUCUUCGCCAUCCUCUGCAGCUUCCUGCUGGCCUUCCUCUUCGAGGUACAAUCCGUCCGCUACUACAGCCACGCCAGCAUCCUCAUCAACGUCCCUUCCUCCGCCGGUAUGAAGGAGGGGGUGACGGCGAACUACGUCGCCGGCUCGCUCAACCGGGGGGCCUACUUCUGGUCCCUAGGGCUCCGAGCCUUCUACUUCUCCUUCCCGCUCUUCCUCUGGAUCCUCGGCCCCAUUCCCAUGGUCAUCUGCUCCGCCGUCCUGGUUGUUCUCCUCUACUUCCUCGACGUGUCGACGCCCAGCGGCGGCUUUGAAUACGACGGCGGCGCAGUGGCGGCGCGGCCGCACGCCGAAUGUUGA